GCAUCUUCGCCCACCCCGCCGCGGCGCGCCGUCCGCUUCCGGGGCAGCGCGGCUGGCUGCUUCCGGGUCGCGGCGCGGGCGGGGUGGCUCUUAAAGGGGCCGCGGCGCGCGCUUGGCCCGGGCGCUGCCGGCCGGUCGGCGGCCGCAUGAGCCGUGUGCGGGGGGCGCUGUGUCGGGCCUGCCUCGCGCUGGCCGCGGCCCUGGCCGCUCUGCUCCUACUGCCGCUGCCGCUGCCCCGCGCGCCCGCCCCCGCCCCGGCCCCGGCCCGGACCUCCGGCCCCGGCCCGCGCGCGCCACCCGCCCGCGCCCCCGUCCCCCGCCUGCGGCCUGAGGACGUCUUCAUCGCCGUGAAGACCACCCGGAAGAACCACGGGCCGCGCCUGGGGCUGCUGCUGCGCACGUGGAUCUCCCGGGCCCGCCGACAGACCUUCAUCUUCACGGAUGGAGAUGACCCUGACCUGCAGCGCCAGGGAGGCAGCCACAUCAUCAACACCAACUGCUCGGCCGUGCACACCCGCCAGGCGCUGUGCUGCAAGAUGUCGGUGGAGUACGACAAGUUCAUCGAGUCCGGGCGCAAGUGGUUCUGCCAUGUGGACGACGACAACUAUGUGAACGCCGAGGGCCUGCUGCAGCUGCUGUCCGCCUUCUCCCCCAGCCAGGACGUGUACCUGGGGCGGCCCAGCCUGGACCACCCCAUCGAGGCUGCCGAGCGGGUCCAGGGAGGUGGCACCGUGACCACUGUCAAGUUCUGGUUCGCCACCGGGGGAGCUGGGUUCUGCCUCAGCAGGGGCCUCGCCCUGAAGAUGAGCCCGUGGGCCAGCCUGGGCAGCUUCAUGAGCACGGCGGAGCGGCUGAGGCUGCCGGACGACUGCACGGUGGGCUACAUCGCGGAGGGGAUGCUGGGGGCGCGCCUGCGGCACAGCUCGCUCUUCCACUCCCACCUGGAGAACCUGCGUCGGCUGCCACCCGACACCGUGCUCCAGCAGGUGACCUUGAGCUACGGGGGUCCCGAGAACCCACGGAACGUGGUGAACGUGGCUGGAGCCUUCAGCCUGCAGCAGGACCCCACCCGGUUCAAGUCCGUCCACUGCCUCCUCUACCCGGACACGGACUGGUGUCCUGUGCAGAAGCGGGGUGACCUUGCCUCUCAGUGAUCCUCAACCCCUGACCUCGGGGUUGGCUUUUGGGCAGUGCCUGUUCCUUCCCGGCCUCAGUCGACUCCCUUAGGCGCUCACGGCCACAGCCACAGCCACGUCCAGGAAGACUUGCGCGGCCCACAGACAAGGCCCCUGGCAGGGCCAGUCACCAGGCACUCCAGGGAGCAGGGUCAGCGCUGCCUGCCCUGCCCACAUCAGAUGCUCGCCCCACCCCCACCCAGGUCUGGGGCUGGGAGGGUCUGGGGUCAGUGUCCUGGAAGGACUCUCCCUGGGGGGAAGGGAGCCCUGGGCAGGCCCAGCCCUGAGGAGUGCGCUCCAGGCCGGGUCCUGCACGGAGUUCUCUUCAGAGGCCUUAACUCUUCAGGGAGCCUGCCCUCCCUGCGCCCGCGGUCUCGAGGUAGCCCCCCCCGGCCCCCCCGUCAGCUGGGCCCUCCGGCAUUUCCAUGUAGAAGCCACCUUGCUGGGGGGCCCUUAGCCGAGGCUCCUCUGGGGCUCCUCGGCCAGACCCCGCACCAGGGGCCUCAGAGUCACUCCUGUGCCCUCGCUCGGGGUCCGUGCCGGCCCUCCGCCCCUGGCUCCAGCUCCACGAGACCGGGGGCCUCCCGUGCAGCCCUGCUGCGGCACAGCCCCCGGCUCGCGCGGACCCGACCCACCUGCCGGUGCCUUUCCGGGAGGGGAGAGCGGUGCGGGCCCGCGGCCCCUCCCCGGCCUCUCCCGUGCUGUUGCAAUAAGUGAAUAAAAGUGCGAUUGUUA